GCAAUUUAUUUUAUUUUGAUUAAUUAAUUGACCUAUUGUUGCAGCUCUAAGUGUCUUAGACUUAGUAUCGUAUCCACAAACCCUAACCCUAAAACCCCAGGCCAACCAUUGAGAAGACAUUGCCCUAAAUUCCUAUCUUCAAAGUCAAAAUGAAAAUAACACCCCUGGAAAGACCUUCCUACCCAACAAAAGUGAACAUUGGUUCCUUAUACUGGAAUGUCAUUUCAGAUGGUUUGAUAAUCCCUAUUAUAAAUACAUCUUCUCUUUUUACAAUUGAUGUCACAGGUCAUGAGCAACUUUCUACUCUGAAGAGAUAAUGUCAGUCAUUAACUAGAGCAAAAAGAUAUAUAAAACUGGAUUAUUAUGUAUGAUUUUUGAGGAAGCACGUAACUAUGAUACCUUUAUCCUGUCUGUGUGAAGCAACAGCCGCACUCUCUCUACUCUUGCUUCAGCUCUGCUUCCGUCCAUCCUCCAUCCCAGAGCUCUGGUCUGGAACCUAUUAGAGCAGGAAUCUCCAGCAGCGCCCUGCUAGCACAUUAGCAUGCCUUCACUGACUCUCCCUGACAGGAAAGGGACACUGAUUUAGUGCAGGCAGACAGAUAUUUAACCUCAGUCACCGGGAAGUCUUUGGAAGGAUGGCUGAGGUGUCACAAGAGGAGAGACUCCAGGCCAUCGCUGAGAAAAGGAAGAGGCAGACAGAGAUCGAAAAUAAGAGGAGGCAGCUGGAUGAUGACCGACGGCAACUGCAGCAUCUCAAGUCGAAGGCACUGAGGGAGCGCUGGUUGUUAGAUGGAGCUCCAGCGGAGGAGGAGACUCAGAAGCGUCUGCAUGAGGACGAGGUGAAAACCAAACUCCUGGAGCAGGUCAUCCUCAGGCUGGAGCAAGAGAUUGAAGAACUGGAGACAGGCACUCCAGUCAAUAAGGGUGUGGCCAAAGAAAAUGGAGGUGAGAACGGAGUAGUGCAGAGCUCCGGUCAGACCCCCAAGAGAGAGGUUACAGGGAUUGAGGCCAAGCUGCUGGGUCCCAGUCCUGACCAAGCUAGUGCGGAUAACCCUGUCACCCUGGUGUUCAUGGGCUACAAAACCGUGGAGGAGGAGCAGGAGACCCACACAGCUUUGGGAAUGGAAGGCGUGGAUGGCAACGUGAAGGCUGAGUUUGUUGUCAUCGAGGAUGGGGAGGGGAAAGCGGGAGGGGAGGCCGCCACAGAAGAGCAGGCUCCACCCAAUGGGAGCAUGGCGGAGAAAGAAAAGGCCAAUGGAGGCGGAGAGGAAGGGGAGAACGAGAAGGAGAAGAAACAGACCUGCAAGUGCUGCACGGUCAUGUGAGUUGUGUGUAUGUGUGUUUGGGGGUGUGUGAGGGUGUGUGAGUGCACACCUUUGUCUGUGCAGGCCUGUGUGCCCAUUGCAUGUGUCUGUAUUUGCAGAUGUGUUGUGUCUGUGUGGGAGUGUGU